AUGGAUGGACAUAAGAUCAUUGAUGAGAAGGUAUUUUGUCGGGGGUACCGGAAGAGAUUGAAGAGUUUCUUAUCGACGCCUAAUUAUGAGACGGCGGUGGCUUUGCUGCAUUUUAAUCCGGAAGAGUAUAAGGCAUUUAGUGUGCUUAAGGGAUUAUUAGGACCUGGGACGGCUCAGAGUCAGUUUAGUUUGACUACUGAGUUACUGAGGAAGAAUCCACGGGCAAGUGCUACUUGGACCCACCGUCGAUUUGUUUGGCAAAUGGGUAAUCAGGAGUCAUGGACGGAUGAUAGUCAGUUUAUUCUAGAAAUACUUGAUUACGAUCCCAGGAAUAGUUUAUGUUGGGCUUAUGUUCAAAGUACGCGUGGUUGUACAGCUGAGUUUGCUAGUAAGAUGAUCAAUAAGUCUCUUUCUAACUAUAGUGCUUUUAAUAUGCUAACUCAGAUUAAUGGUGAAGAUAACCUACCACCAGAAACUUUAAAAGACUUUGUCUUUACUGAUCCAGAGAUUAGUUCUCCUUGGACAUUCUGUCUUGCUAAAUCUGAGAAAGAAAGAUAUGCUAACUCAGCUGUUUAUCUUAGAGUUUAUACCGAACAUCUUCUUUUCUGUCUAAUUAAACCAGUUAAAUUCAUAGCUACUAUUGAAACCAAGACUAAUCUACCCAUUCAAUAUACAGCUAAUUACAAGAAGCAAGUCCCUAUUCCUUUAACUGAUUUUACCUUUAAUGAUAUAACUCAAAUCAAAAUCCAACUUCAUGGUUUCCCCAAUAUAUCAGUCCUUCUCAACCAACCAUACGUCCCCACUCCACCCGACUUCCUAUCUGACUUUCUCAAAAAGGAACCCCACUCCCAACCAGCCCUCCUUCUUAAACUCCACUACGACUCCGGCCAAGCCAAAGCCGAAACCAUCAAACGCCUUAUCUCUCAAGAUAAACCCCACGAACUUCUCUACUCCAGUCUCGCCCCCGACUAUACCAUCUACAACUGCACCCCCAUUCCCACUCCCACCAAUCACUAA